AUGGGUCUUUGUUCGGCGUAUUUCGCGAUACUAAGAAGAACUAUUCUAUUAACCACGAGCAAAUUUCAAAAGGAAAAUGAUGAACUUUAUACCAAUGAUUGCGAAAAGUACAACGAGCAAGUACAUGACAAUUUAAGCAAAUGCGUAGAACAUCAUUUGGCAGUAAUUAAGUUUACUGAGGAUAUUGAGAACAUUUUCCGUUAUGUAUUUUUAAGCCAAUUUGUGUGCAGCGCUGGUGGAAUUUGCUUGGUUGGUUUUACAUUUAUAAACGCCGAACCAGGAAGUGUGGAGUUUAUAUUCGCUUUAAGUUUCCUGGGAACACUCAUGUUUCAGAUCACCUUGUAUUGUUCGUACGGUAACGAAGUCACAAUUCAGAGUUCGCGUGUAUUGGACGCAUGCUACAUGGCGGAAUGGGUUUCUUGCGGACCCAAGGUGCGCCAAUGUCUCUUCAUUAUCAUGGAACGGUCAAAACGUCCGAUGGUUUUGACGGCGGGAAAAUUUGUAAAUCUUUCAUUGGCCUCACUUGUUGCUGUAUUUAAAUCAGCUGGUUCUUAUGCAAUGGUUUUAUAUCAUCUAUACAAUCCAUAACGUCAUAUUGUGGCGAAAAG